AUGAGAUUUCUUGAUUUGUUCAUUCUCUUGAUAUUAAUACCAGUAGCCUGGGCUCAAGCAUGGUCACAGGGGUUGCCAAGUUUAAGCCACGGAAGCUCCUUGGCUGUUGCAAAAGAGAAUGAUUUCCUGGCUUCACCAAAGGGGACAUUCUCUGGUGGAUUUUCCGAGGUUGGCACUAAUGCAUAUUGUUUUGCAAUAUGGUUCACUAACUCUGUUAACAAGACCGUGGUUUGGAUGGCCAAUAGAGACAAACCAGUUAAUGGAAGGCAUUCCAGUGUCGAAGCUCGGCUUCUUGAAACAGGAAAUUUGGUGCUGGUCAACCAAACCAAGGGGAUCAUCUGGGAGAGUUUUGAAUUCCCCACGGACACACUGCUUCCAUCUCAGCCAUUUACCAAGAACCCAACCUUGGUCUCUAUGAGAAGUCGAGGCACAUACUUAUCGGGAGUUUAUAAUAUGAAAUUCGAUGAUAAUAAUGUUUUGAAUCUCAUCUUCAAUGGUCCUCUAUUGUCAAGUGUCUACAGGCCAAGUUCAAAGGUGAGCGUAUUUGAUAGUGGCAGAACACCUAAUUAUAAUAGCACCAGAAAAGCAAUUCUAAAUGAUUUUGGAUAUUUUGAAUCAAGUGAUAAUUUUGUAUUCAAAGCAACUGAUUAUGGAGUCGGUCCAAAGAGGCGCUUAACAUUAGAUUAUGAUGGAAUUUUGAGAUUGUAUAGUUUAGAUGAUUCAACCGGGCUAUGGAAAAUCUCAUGGAUCCCUGUUGACCUUUAUAAUUGCCAUGUUCAUGGGUUGUGCGGUGAAAAUGGUAUUUGCGUUUACAGCCCGCAAUCAACUUGCAUUUGCCCUGAUGGUUUCAACAGAAAUGAUCCUUCAGACUGGUCCAAGGGUUGCUCUCCUUCGUUUAAUCUGACUUGUGAUCCAACUAAAUUGGAUUUCAUGCUGCUUAAUAAAACAGAUUUCUAUGGAAAUGACUUGGUUACCUAUGGUAAUCGCAUUUCCUUUGAAGAAUGCAGGAAUCGGUGUCUAAGUGAUUGCACAUGA